UUGGCGCAUUCUCCACCGGCGCCACUGGGGAGCAAGUUAGUGUGUGCGCUGGCCCGGCCGAGGGGAGGAGGGGAAUCUCCCGCCAUUUUUCAAUAAUUUCCUCCGGUGCCACUAAGGAGUCGUGACUGCUGGCCGCGGGGACCCAUAGCGAAGAUUGGCCGAGGGUAAGAGAGGCUGCUGGGCAUAGCAACAGUGUGUGUGGGAGCUUCUGCGCGCCCUCGCGCUUCGCUCCAUGGCUGUCGCGCGGUCGCGCCGGCCGUGAGGGAGUCGGAGUUCGCGCCGCCCUCUCACCCCUCCCCUCCCCCACCGCCCGGUAGCCAGGCGCUCGCUCGGGGCCCGGGGCCUAGUGCUGCGCCGCGGGCCGGCGAGGAGCCGUGCAACCCGUGCUGCCUCCGCCGCCGCGAUGGCGCCGCUCUUGGGCCGCAAGCCCUUCCCGCUCGUGAAGCCGCUGCCCGGAGAGGAGCCGCUCUUCACUAUCCCGCACACGCAGGAGGCCUUCCGCACCCGGGAAGAGUAUGAAGCCCGCUUGGAAAGGUACAGUGAGCGCAUUUGGACAUGUAAGAGUACUGGAAGCAGUCAGCUAACACACAAGGAAGCCUGGGAGGAAGAACAGGAAGUUGCUGAACUUUUGAAGGAGGAGUUCCCUACUUGGUAUGAGAAGCUUGUUCUGGAAAUGGUUCACCAUAACACAGCAUCCUUAGAGAAGUUAGUAGAUACUGCUUGGUUGGAAAUCAUGACCAAAUAUGCUGUGGGAGAAGAGUGUGACUUUGAGGUUGGAAAAGAGAAAAUGCUGAAAGUGAAGAUUGUAAAGAUUCAUCCUUUGGAGAAAGUAGAUGAAGAGGCCAAUGAGAAGAAAUCUGAUGGCGCCUGUGAUUCUCCAUCAAGUGAUAAAGAGAAUUCCAGUCAGAUGGCUCAGGAUCAUCAGAAGAAGGAAGCAACUGUGAAAGAAGAUGAAGGAAGGAGAGAGAUUAUUAAUGACAGAGCACGUAGAUCACCACGAAAACUUCCUACUUCAUUAAAAAAAGGAGAAAGGAAAUGGGCACCUCCAAAAUUUCUGCCACACAAAUAUGAUGUGAAACUACAAAAUGAAGACAAGAUUAUCAGCAGUGUGCCAGCAGACAGCUUGAUUCGUACAGAGCGCCCACCAAAUAAAGAGAUACUGCGAUACUUCAUACGGCACAAUGCCUUACGUGCUGGUGCUGGUGAGAAUGCACCUUGGGUAGUGGAAGAUGAAUUGGUAAAGAAGUAUUCCCUGCCUAGCAAAUUCAGUGACUUUUUACUGGAUCCAUAUAAGUACAUGACUCUGAACCCUUCUACUAAGAGGAAGAAUACUGGAUCCCCAGACAGGAAACCUUCCAAGAAGUCUAAAACAGACAAUUCUUCUCUGAGUUCACCACUAAAUCCCAAGUUAUGGUGUCAUGUACACUUGAAGAAAUCACUGAAUGGUUCACCACUCAAACUGAAGAACUCAAAGAACUCUAAGUCUCCAGAAGAACAUCUGGAAGAAGUGAUGAAGAUGAUGUCACCCAAUAAACUCCAUGCUAACUUUCACAUUCCUAAGAAAGGCCCACCUGCCAAGAAACCAGGGAAGCACAGUGACAAACCUUUAAAGCCAAAGGGCAGAAGCAAAGGCAUCCUAAAUGGACAGAAAUCCACAGGGAAUUCUAAAUCUCCCAAAAAAGGUUUAAAGACUCCUAAGACCAAACUGAAGCAGAUGACCUUGUUGGAUAUGGCUAAAGGCACUCAGAAGAUGACUCGAGCCCCACGGAAUUCUGGGGGUACACCUCGGUCUUCUAGUAAACCUCAUAAACACCUCCCUCCUGCUGCCCUACACUUGAUUGCCUAUUACAAAGAAAACAAAGACAGAGAAGACAAGAAGAGUGCCCUGUCUUGUGUUAUCUCUAAAACUGCUCGCCUUCUCUCUAGUGAAGAUCGAGCUCGUCUCCCAGAGGAAUUGCGAACUAUUGUUCAGAAACGCUAUGAGCUUCUAGAGCAUAGAAAGAGGUGGGCCUCUAUGUCUGAAGAGCAACGGAAAGAAUAUUUGAAAAAGAAACGACAAGAGCUAAAAGAAAAGUUAAAGGAAAAAGCCAAAGAACGUAGACAGAAAGAAAUGCUUGAGAAAUUAGAAAAACAGAAACGGUAUGAGGACCAAGAAUUAGCUGGCAAAAACCUUCCAGCGUUUCGAUUGGUGGACACACCUGAAGGGCUGCCCAAUACCCUUUUUGGGGAUGUGGCCCUAGUGGUGGAGUUCUUGAGCUGUUACUCCGGGCUUCUUCUCCCAGAUGCCCAGUAUCCCAUCACUGCUGUGUCCCUUAUGGAAGCUUUGAGUGCAGAUAAGGGUGGCUUUUUGUACCUUAACAGAGUGUUGGUCAUCUUGCUGCAGACCUUACUACAAGAUGAAAUAGCAGAAGACUAUGGUGAAUUGGGGAUGAAGCUGUCAGAAAUCCCACUCACUUUACAUUCUGUUUCAGAGCUAGUGCGGCUCUGUUUGCGCAGAUCUGAUGCCCAAGAGGAAAGUGAGGGUUCAGAUACAGAUGACAAUAAAGAUUCAGCACCUUUUGAGGACAAUGAGGUACAAGAUGAGUUCCUAGAGAAGCUGGAGACCUCUGAAUUCUUUGAACUAACAUCAGAGGAGAAGCUCCGGAUCUUGACAGCACUGUGUCACCGGAUCCUCAUGACAUACUCAGUCCAAGACCACAUGGAAACCAGACAGCAGAUGUCUGCAGAGUUGUGGAAGGAGCGUCUUGCUGUGUUAAAGGAAGAGAAUGAUAAGAAGAGAGCAGAGAAACAGAAACGCAAAGAAAUGGAAGCCCGAAAUAAAGAAAAUGGCAGAGAGGAAAAUGGGUUAGGCAAAACUGAUAGGAAAAAAGAAAUUGUGAAAUUUGAGCCCCAGGUGGACACGGAAGCCGAAGAUAUGAUUAGUGCUGUGAAGAGCAGAAGACUGCUUGCCCUGCAGGCUAAGAGGAAACGGGAAAUCCAGGAAAGAGAAAUGAAAGUAAAACUAGAACGGGAAGCUGAAGAAGAAAGAAUACGAAAGCACAAAGCUGCUGCUGAAAAAGCCUUCCAGGAAGGAAUUGCCAGGGCAAAGUUGGUCAUGCGUAGGACUCCUAUUGGUACUGAUCGAAACCAUAAUAGAUACUGGCUCUUCUCAGAUGAAGUUCCAGGAUUGUUCAUUGAGAAAGGCUGGGCACAUGACAGCAUUGAUUAUCGAUUCAACCAUCACCGCAAAGACCAUGUGGACUCUCCUGAUGAGGAUUACUGUCCUCGCAGUAAGAAAGCAAACCUAGGCAAAAAUGCAAGCAUGAACACACAUCGAUCAGCACUAGAAAUUGCUGUGGAGACCACCAUACCCAAACAAGGACAGAACCUAUGGUUUUUAUGUGAUAGUCAAAAGGAGUUAGAUGAGUUGCUGAACUGCCUUCAUCCUCAGGGAAUAAGAGAAAGUCAACUUAAAGACAGACUAGAGAAGAGGUACCAAGACAUUAUUCACUCUAUUCAUCUGGCUCGGAAGCCUAAUUUAGGUCUGAAAUCCUGUGAUGGCAACCAGGAGCUCUUAAACUUCUUGAGGAGUGAUCUCAUUGAAGUUGCAACAAGGUUACAGAAAGGAGGACUUGGAUAUGUAGAAGAAACUUCAGAAUUUGAAGCCCGGGUCAUUUCAUUGGAGAAGCUGAAGGAUUUUGGUGAGUGUGUCAUUGCCCUUCAGGCCAGUGUCAUCAAGAAAUUUCUUCAAGGCUUUAUGGCUCCCAAGCAAAAGAGAAGAAAACUCCAAAGUGAAGAUUUAGUAAAAACUGAGGAAGUGGAUGAAGAGAAGAAGAUAGCAGAAGAAGAAAAGGUUGCGUCUGCCCUGGAAAAGUGGAAGACAGCAAUCCGUGAAGCCCAAACUUUCUCCAGAAUGCAUGUUCUGCUUGGGAUGCUUGAUGCCUGUAUCAAGUGGGAUAUGUCUGCAGAAAAUGCAAGGUGCAAAGUUUGUCGUAAGAAAGGUGAAGAUGACAAACUGAUCUUAUGCGAUGAGUGUAAUAAAGCCUUCCACCUGUUUUGUCUGAGGCCGGCCCUCUAUGAAGUACCAGAUGGUGAGUGGCAGUGCCCAGCUUGCCAACCUGCUACUGCCAGGCGCAAUUCCCGUGGCAGGAAUUACACUGAAGAAUCUGCCUCUGAGGACACUGAAGAGGAUGAGAGCAAUUCUGAGGAGGAAGAGGAAGAGGAGGAAGAAGAUUAUGAAGUGGCUGGCUUGCGGUUGAGACCCAGAAAGAUCAUACGGGGCAAGCAGAUUGUCAUCCCACCUGCAUCUAGACCAGGGCGACGACCAGGGAAGAAGCCACAUCCUACCAGGAGGUCACGGCAGAAGGCGUCCCUUGUGGAUGAUGCUGAAGUGGAUGAGCUGGUGCUUCAGACCAAGCGCAGCUCCAGGAGGCAAAGCCUGGAGCUGCAGAAGUGUGAGGAGAUCCUGCACAAGAUCAUCAAGUACCGCUUCAGCUGGCCCUUCAGGGAGCCCGUGACCAGAGAUGAGGCCGAGGACUACUACGAUGUGAUCAGCCACCCUAUGGACUUCCAGACAAUGCAGAACAAGUGUUCCUGUGGGAACUACCGCUCCGUGCAGGAGUUUCUCACUGACAUGAAGCAAGUGUUUACCAAUGCUGAGCUUUACAACUGCCGUGGCAGCCACGUUCUGAACUGCACUGUGAAGACAGAACAGUGUCUGGUGGCUCUGCUGCAUAAACACCUUCCUGGCCACCCGUAUGUCCGCAGGAAACGCAAGAAGUUUCCUGAUCAGCUUGCUGAUGAUGAAGGGGACAGUGACCCAGAGCCCGUUGGACAGUCUAGGGGACGAAGACAGAAGAAAUAGAGACGCAGGGGUUGUGGUAAGGGAGGUGGGGGACAGUGGGAGACUGCUGGGGAUAGGAGAGGAAGCUGGAGAAGAACUCGAAAGGGAAGCAAUCAUGCAAGUGCUUGCCACUCCGGGUCUGGGCUGUUCUUCUCCAACUCCCUGCAGGCCCUUACUCAAGCAGAACUCUUGGGGAGGCCAAUACUGAGUUUAG